UGCUUCUUGUUGUUUAUACUCACUCUCCCCCCAUUCACGAGCAUAUACAUCAACAAGGACAAGGUCCCACUCAUCACCACCCCCCUCGCCCCCCCUUUCAUUCAUCUACCGCCCCCCAUCAUCCUUUGGUGUUGGUCGUCCGUCACCCAUCACUCCACUUCACUCGGCGUCACCCAUCACACACAUUGCUCGCCCCACGCGUCUUGGAUCUGCGCACCGACCUCGUCGCAUCGACUUUGACUUUUCGCGCGCACUUGCUCGCCAUCGUCAUUGACGCCCCCCGCCCCGCCUGCCCCCAAACGCACACUCUUGCCUGUGCGCCCGCCCGUCCCGUCGCCAGCGCCGCCGCCGCCGCCUCCGCCGACGCCAAUCCAUCUGCCGCACCCACACCUACACCCCCACUCUUCUUCCUUCCCUCCCCUUCUCGAUCUUCGGAUCCUUCUUCUCCCCCAACAACCCACACACAAAAAGCCCACACACCACUCGAGUCAUCCUAGAUGCGCAUCUAGAACGGCCAUUCACUCAUACACGGUCGACCCGGUCCUCUUCACUGUCAUCUUUACUUUCAUCCCCUCCCCCAUCUUCUUGGACUACUCUACACUAGACACAACACCCUACUCGUAGCUUCUCUGGCAAGAGGCCACACUUGUGCCAAACCCAAACCAAAACACUCUUCGACUUGGCACGCGACUUGGCGGCGACAACCCAUCACUCGCCCUCAAAAUGCCCGCCUCGUACGUCUCUUCCGACCAACGCCUCACCGCGGCUACUCUGAAGGCUAUCCCUCUCCAGCCUGCCGGGCCGGCUUGGCAUGCCGCCGAGGCUUCUUCAUCCAUGGUCUUCUGCCCAAAGACGCCAAUCAACCAUGACGCGUCGACAUAUAGCCCUCCUCGCGCAUACCAGUGCUACUGUGGUAAGCGCGUCGAGACUGGCAAGGGGAUUUAUUGUUCAAUCGACUGCGCUCGCGGCGAUGCCUUCUCUUCUCUGACUCACACUCGGGGAGAGUCAAUGUACUCGUCUGUAGCCGACACCGAUACUGAUCCCUCGCGCGCUCCCUCUGCUGCUUCCAUUGCCAGCAAUGGCGACGACUGGGACGCAUCACACUACCGCCGCAUGAACCGCGCCGACCAGCGCCGCGGUGAAAGACGCGCCCGCCGUCGCGCAGAGGACAGCGCAUCCCCCAUCUCGACCGACUCGAACCGCGCUCCAUCAGUCGCGUCCGUCUUGUCGCCCUCUCGCGUUCCCGAGCUCGUCUCUUCCCACUCGCGCAACACGUCCAACGCGUCGUCCAUCUUCUCGCUGUCGACUGCCAGCAGCCUGAGCCGCAACCCUUCUACUUCGAGCUCUAGGUACGGUGGCAACACGGCCAGCGUCGCGAUCGAUGAUGCCAUUCUCGAGGACGAGUGCGAAGAGCUCCACGCCAACGCGUUCGAGGCACCCUCGGCCCGCUCCACCCUCAAGGCUGGAGGUCGCCCACGGAUGGUCCCCCGCUCCAGCGCCAUGACCAUCGGUCGCGACAUGCACGACGUCCUCGACGAGAUCCUGUCAAUGGAGCAGUCGUUCCAGGUUGACGAGCUUGAGGAGAAGCGGCCUUCUACUCCCGUCAACGAGCCCUUCAUCCCCGUCAACUCUCGCCCUGCUCGCACUCCCUCGCCCGUCCCUCGUGGGCGUGGCAGUGUCAUUCCACCUGGAGCGCCCAACGCUCCCGACCGCCGCUCGUCGCUUGUCCAGGGCCGCCCACCCAACGUGUACGCCCACCAGUCUUCGCUCUCCGAGUCGCACACUGCAUUGUACCUCGCCACUGCAUCGCCCAUGCCCGCCCCCAAGUCGGGUCGCCACCGUCGCUCGGCCUCGCCCAACCUUAGCCAGCGUCGCAGCAUUUCGUUCACGCCUCAGAACGCCGGCCCUGCCCUUCCCAGGCCUCUUCGCAACCGCUUUGAUUCACCUGGUGUCACGCCUGUUCGCCUCAAGCACCUCACUCCCAAUGCACAUCACCCUGCCAUGGACGGCUGGCGCUUCCCGACGCAUGCGAUGGACGACGACACGCCAACCCGCCAGGGCUUUUCUUCUGGCGUGACGGUCGUCCCUGAUCUCCCGCUGACGACGGAGCGUCGCAUGCUGUGGGAGCAUGGCGCUGAUCUCGCACCUACGCUUGGCCCAUCUUCAUCGGCGCCAGGAUCGCCGACGUUUGCACCUCGCUCUCGCAGAGCAGUGUACAUUCCCGACGAUUUCUCGCCCUCGCCUGCCCCUUCAGAGAGGGGCGGCGCGUUUUCACCCCCGGACUCUGCCCUUCGCCUCGGUGCGCUGCUUGGGUCUGGCGACGACAGUGACGACGAGUCUGGACUCAUGGACGUUGACGGCAGCGAGCGCCGCUCGAUUGGCGCGUCAACGAUCCGCGAGUACGGCCUCGCCGCACCCGUGCCACCCUUUACGCAGCGCGGCUGGUAAACCCAGCUUUCUCUUGGUUUUCUUUUGUCUCCCCUCUUUGCUUAGCGAGAGAGCUGGUGCUCCUCGCGCGUUGUUUUGCGGUUCCGUUUGUAUCAAAACUCCCCAUCAGUGCAUCACACACACUCAUAGUCAUGGAGGAGCGGGUGCGUCGAACGCGGCUCACUCCUUCGCCAUCACGUCCAACCAUGUCCCGCACGAAUGUCACAUCAUAGUCAAUCCAAAAUGC